AUGAAUGCCCAUCGAUUCCCAGAUGUGAUGACGGCCAACUUGGUUGUUGGUGGUAAUGAGGUCUCUCGUGCUACCUCUCCUGGCGGCGAGUCGGCACAGCUUAACGGUGCAGUGCUGGAAGACCGUUCAAAAAAGGCUCGUAGCCGGCCGCGGACCUACCCCUACUUCGACCACUCUCCGUACCAGCUAGAGGAUGAUGAUUUACGACAACAUAACUUUGACGAGAUUCUCAAGCACCUCUAUGUGGCUAUUGAGUCGGGAGAUUUCAACUCUGGUGCAGUUCACUGGACUCGAGAGCUUCGAGGGUGGCUAUCUCUCAAGUUUGACCUCACGAGAGAACAGCGGGCGAAGUUGGUAAGGCUUUAUUACGAGCUUGCUCUUGCUCCGGGCAUCGAUCCUGCGGUGGCUGAUCGCUUUUCGAGCAUGUUUAUGGUUCUCACCAAGAGGAAGCAUUACCUUCGCCCGAUCAAGGACAUGAUCCUUGACUGGAGGCCGCUGUACAGAGAAUUAAAGGUGUUCGUCCUUCCAUCGGAGGCUGGGCUCGUACACUCAAUGACCACCAAACGCAAUAUCAAAACUUUGAUAAAACUUUGUACUUUUGCACAGUUCUAUUUUGAUCCCCUUGAGCUUCCUAAUAUGCUUCAAGAGUUUCUCCCCUAUUUUUCAACAUCAUUCGCCGAAGGAGCCUUCAUUGUAGCUGGUCUUAUGAACUUGUUCGUCCCCACUGCACCAGCUCCCCCAGAGAGGCCCGAUUUAGUUCCACAGCAUUAUCUCCCAACAUACUUCCAUCUCUGGUCCAUGGUAAGCCGCUCUAGGACGUUUGAUAUGAACUUUCUAGAUAUUUUAUCGCGAUUAGCUCGCGAUUCUCUCCCUGCUAAACAUAUUCCGUUUUCUGAAUUCGGAAUCUUCACCGAGGAACAAACCUCCCUUAUUUUCACAGCUAUCCUGAGGUUGCUUGAGAUUCCGGUCGGACAGGCGACGUCUACGUACAGCGAAGUAGUUGACGUGUGUGCUGGAUUGGCCGUAAUGCUCGACCGGGAUUCAAGGAAUCAUCCAGUCACACACGACAUUGCUAGAUGGACAGUGAUGUCCCUUUCUCCAACCUGCGAAGGUACCAAAGACUCGCUUCUUAGCCGGUUAGAGGGACUGAUACAAGCUGUCGAAACAUUUUUCCAUCCUUCCAACUCAGGAUCGUGGACAAGAACCCUCUCCGAGUUGGUUAAUUACCUUGCAGACUUCUUUGUCAUGCGAUGGAACCGGGAACGGAAUGGGGAAAUGGAGGUCCCUCCAGAGAGGCGGUUGACUGAUGCAAUAAAACGCCGAUUUGUAUUAUGCCUGCGAGAUGUGAUAUUCAUGGGUAUUUACGCUAAGAGUAAUACAGCCAUGAACUUUUCUCUCUCGACUCUUCAAUCCCUGGCAUAUUUGGAACCAAAUCUCAUUCUCCCGGGAGCUCUGCAACGAAUCUAUCCAUCCAUGCAAGGUCUGGUAGAGGUACACAGAACCGCCUCGUCUCUCCGUUCAUUACAGGUCUUGUCAAGAAUCAUGGUGCGGACGAAAGGGUUCCGUUGUCAUAUUACCACUCUCCUAGGCCUGGCUCUACCCGGCAUAGAUGCCAAUGAUCUGGGCAAAUCACUGCAUUCUCUUUCAUUUAUUCAAGCUGUGUGCUACAACAUACCCUUUGAAGACCUCACAAAGGGUCGUGACGAUGUCAAUGGAAACAUGAUUGCUGUGGAAUGGGUCACCGGGGAGCUAGAACGCAUGGAAGAGCAAGGUGCCUCUGUCGAAAUGAAUUACGACACUGAUCUCUCCGAUGAAGAUGAAGAAAAAAUACUACGCUCAUCCACCACAGAAUUUGGCGAAUUUUUGAUCUCAUUUUUAGGCAGAGUUUUCACCCUUUUAGAGAACCUGCCUGAUGCUGCGCGAGUACGUAGCGGCUCGCCAGAAGAAAAUGUCCUAAAUACCUUGCCCGCCACUUUCCUGCCUCUUUUGUCUACCCUUUCACCAGAGUUAUAUGAUAUAGCUCUGAAUAAGAUUGUGGACUUUAUAUCCGACCGGGUUAUCCAUCAAGCGAGAGAUGCGAUGGCCUUUAUUUGUAAUUCCCUCUGCAAGGUUAACCCCGAAAAGUCGCUAAAGCGCCUCAUUCCAUUGCUUAUUCGAAACAUUCGCACCGAGAUCGAUGAAAAUGGCGCCGCUUCUACCAGAACAACUGGUAGUGACGUUUUGCCACGCGACCGCGGCCUGGUAUGGAAUAUCAGUAUGCUGAGCAUGUGCGUAGUCCAUGUCGGCGGAACUGUUUUGAAAUAUAAACAGGAACUCCUCGAUAUUGCAUUAUACAUGCAGCAGAAGUGCAAGGGUAUCCCUACUAUACAUAUUUCGAACUUUAUACACCACCUUUUGCUUAACCUCACUAUGACUACCAUUGUGGACUAUACUAUGUACGAACCUCACCUAUACCCCAAGGGAAUUCAGAUUGAGCAAUGGGGUCAGAGACAGAAUCCAAAAGACCUUACCGUCAACUGGCAUGUCCCUCAGAGGGAAGAAAUAGAGUUCGCUGUCGAACUCUUUACCUCUCAGGUGGAAGCAGCAUUGACUUCAUUAACAUCUCUGAUAAGCGAUACACCAAGCAUUAAACGUGAUGGAAGCGGCAAGGAUUGGUCAGAUGAAGUAACGAGAAACAUAGUACUCCUCAGACUAAUCAUAGCUGGGAUAUCUGCACUAUUUGACAACAAAGCAGCUUCAAAAUGCUACGAAGAAGACGUUCCUAGCCAAAAUGGUGCACACUUCCACCCAGAUGCAAACAUGUCCGUCGAUGAGGAAUCCGAAAUCGAGGAUGCUGAUUCUCCUUUGGACCUUUCGGAAGAGUCUACCAUCAGACCCUCUUAUCAAUAUCCAGCUGGAUACCUGUUGACAGAGGGUGAUCCUUUGUAUAUUGCUAUCCACGAAAUCAGAGAACGUAUCGGGCAUAUGCUACACAAGACUCACAGAUUCCUAGUUGAUAAGCAGGAAGACGAUGUGUCCUGCUUUUCCUCGUUAUACACCGCCUAUCGUUGCUGGUUCAUCGAUGUCGGUAUUGAACGAUCUGCUCACUUACUAGAUCGUGUUUCGAAAUUGUAUUCCGCUGAUAUACACCCGUAUAAGAUGAGUGGCAUAAGGAAAGAUUAUCCCCGUCCGUUACUUGUACGCCGAGCAUAUGUGUACCACUUACAACGGCUCCGCCAUAACGCAGCGCCCCGACCACGCUCGAAGCUUGACACAGUUCUUUUACUUGACUUAGCCGAGUCUAGUGUAUCGCUAUACACUGAUGUUAGGCGAAAUGCCCAGUCAGCUGCGGAGUCUGCGCUUCGGUCUAUAUGGGGCUCACGGCUUCUUCUCAUACGGCCUUUGAUCAAAGCGUUACAAAGAGCCGUAAAAGCAAACGAACACCCUCGUAUCAAAGGUGCGAUAUAUGCUCUGAUGUAUUCUAGUUUAGCCAAGCCGCUGGGUCGGCAUUGGAAGUACACCCCCGCUCUCAUCAGGGCAUUUAUUGAAGCCACUACCGUCGACAAACCAUCAAUUCAGAAGCUCUGCGGUGGUGCUCUAUUCCAAGUUGUAGAUUAUGGACACCCAUCGAGCAGAAUGGCCAUUCUGGACCAGGAUGUCAUAAGAUCCAUCGCUCCCGCUGACGAGUCCAUGGCUUCCAAGAUUGAAGCGAAACGGGAGUCCAUUCAAAAGAAAUGGGUUUCUAUUGAGAAAAGAAAGUCAGAAAUGGCGGACGAGCUCGCAAACUUGGCCAGAACAUCCCAUUGGAAGAGAACCAUUCGAACUUCGGCAAUUCUCUUUACUAUGGGGCUACGAUUUGACCACGUAGCCAGUGAAAAUUUGAUCGAACUUAUCAUUACAGGUUCUAUAGACUCUCAUCCCGGCUUACGAUGGAUGUAUGCGCAAACAUUUGUUGCCCUCUUCACUAUGAUCGAUAUCAGGGCGAUGUGUCACCAUAACUACAAAGACUACAUUCUUGGAAACUAUUUGCUCCCAUCAAAAAUACAGGUUACUACGAAUCCACAAGAUCCAAACUGGACAGCUUCCUACCUUGAGAGCUUUGCUCAUCCUGAAGCGGAAUACUACAUCGACCAUGAUCACCCAGGGUUCCUAGUUUGGGAUAAGACCAUGCCAGCAUACAAAGCUAAUGUCGACACGGAUGUUGAUUAUGAUUCCCUUGAAUGGAAUAUCCGCAAAUAUAUUGGCAAGCUGAUUACCCGAGAAUGGAUUUCGACCUUUUUCAAGUACCUGAAACAGGAACCAAGGGAUGCCUCUGCUGAUAAGUUCCGAAUGUCAAUCUCCACUAUGCUGGUUCACGUGUUUCAACUACUACUGCGCGAUGGACUCACAGCCGUAACUUUCCCGGAGGUUAAGAAGGAGAUAGAGCUCGUUUACGAAGACGGAAGUGAUAAACAUCAACAUCGCGCUACGGCCGAAAUACUGGGCGGUCUUAUAAUUUCUGUGAUUGAUCUCAAUGUGGAGAAGCGCACCGAAGUAUGGGAAUAUGCAUUCCCAAUCAUUCAAAAAACAUUUUCUGAUGGGCUCACGCCUGAAAACUGCGAUUAUUGGUCUCAAUGCCUUCACAUGAUCUUGCACUGUAGGGAUCCUCGUCGGUCAUGGCCACUGGUGGAUUGGCUGUCUAGUUUCCGUCUAGAUAUGACUUCCAAUGCUGCUUUCAAGGAGAGUUCAAAAAUCAACUUACUCCACCGAUGUAUCUCAGACUCUGGUUGGCAUUUUCAGCUUGAGAAACCUAUUCUUGAGGAUUUCUUAGCUCACCUUGACCAUCCAUACAAAGGGGUUCGUGAAGCUAUGGGUAAUACGCUUGCUUCCAUCUACCGGACACGAUACCAUGAAUCAUACGCGGAUGUUGGGCAAUUGAUCGAACAGCAGAAGAAAGUAUCAUCGGUCGGUAGCCGUGCCUAUCAGCCUAGCGAGGAGUUCGUAACUACGAUUACCGACGUCUUUAAUAGGAUUGAGAAGUGGCGACUGGAGAGGAAGCCAGGCCAACAGACCCCAUCUUCUUAUACGUCUGGUAGUAAGACAGUGCUGCUAUGGCUUGAUUCAAUGCUGUACUCAUUUGAAUGCACUCAGCUUGUACAGUUCUUCUCCACCUUAUUUACCGAACAGCUCCUGCAUAUGAUGGAUGUUAAAGAGGAUCCUGAACUGCAAUCCCUGGCAUACCACGUUUUCCGUCAUCUUCCCAACGUUCCACAUCUUAGUGGCGAAGACUCCGACUUUAUCAAUACACUUAUCCGAAUUGGCCGCACCUCCCCUUCAUGGCAUCAACGUCUCCGUGUCAUGAUUAAUAUGCAAAUAAUCUACUUCAGGAGACUAUUCCUCUUGUCCGCCACUGAUCGCGAGAAUUUAUUUGAAUGCGUUGCCAGUAUGCUUUCAGACCAGCAGCAUGAAGUUAGGGCGGGCGCCGCGGCAACGCUGUCUGGAAUGAUCCGAUGUUCGCCUGUGGCACUACGGCAAGAUAUGGUCAUUAAACUGCUCGAUCGAUUCACGACCUCCCUUAUCCAACACCCCUUGCCUAAGAAGCGUAGAAUCAUUUCAUCUGGAUUCUCAUCCGCCACAUCUACAGGCGCAAGCACCCCUACUCCAGAACAUACCAGGCUUAUUAUCACACGCCACGCCGCUGUCCUGGGCUUAGGGGCUCUUAUCCAAGCCUUCCCGUACACUAGCCCUCCACCGAGCUGGAUGCCUGAUGCAUUGACGACACUUAGCACAAAGGCAGGCGGCGACCCUGGUGUUGUUGGACAGAGUGUGAAAUCUAUUAUCAGUGACUUCAAGAAGACUAGGCAGGAUACCUGGCACAUAGAUGUCAAGGCCUUUAAACCAGACCAGAUUGAAGAUCUAGCCGGUGUCUUGUGGAAAAGCUACUUUGCUUAG